AAUGGAGGCCAAUCCAAUUAACGAUUGGAAAUCGAAUAUCGCAAGAAAUACUAUUAAUAUUGUCAUUGUUGGGAAGGUUGGUCAAGGCAAGAGUGCAACUGGAAAUAACAUUCUUGGAAGCGAAGUCUUCGAAACUAAGCUUUACCGUUCGAGAGUACCUUGUUGUUGUGAUAUAGAAAGAAUUAUCCGAAAGGAUGGCCGUAUUAUUAAUGUUAUAGACACUCCAGAACAUCAUUCAACUAUGCAAGAAUAGAGUAAUCGUUUUUGAUAAUACCACCAAUGAUAUGAUCAAGAGAGAGGAACAAGUAAAUGAGCUACUCUCUCUUGUUGAGUCUGUUGUUGUGGACAAUGGUGGAAAAUCAUACUCAUAUAAGAUUUUU